AAUGUGUUUCUGCUCAGAGUGAAGAAACCGAUCCACCUGAGCUACGACGUGGACGCCAUCGACCCGUCGGUGACGCCGGCGACCGGGACCCCGGUGGCGGGGGGGCUGACGUACCGGGAGGGGGUCUACAUCGCAGAGCACAUCGCGCAGACCGGCCUGCUGUCAGCGGUGGACCUGGUGGAGGUGAACCCCCUGCUGUGCAGCGAGGCGGGGGUCAGCUCCACCGUCAGCACCGCCCUCACGCUGCUGCUCGCCUGCUUCGGACGCCUGCGCCAGGGAGCCCACCCCCCCGCCUACCGCCUGCCCGAGCCCUGACGCCCGCUUCUCCCACUGCACCUGAACGCCUCGCAUCCACCUCAGAGCUGCUAGCACCAAGGACGGGGGUGUUUUUUUAAUUAAAACACAUGAAAUGCUA